CUCUUUCACCCUUGUGUCCCACGUGUGUGUGCAUCUGUCUGUGUGUGUGUGCCUGUAUCCGUCUGUCUGCGUCUGCCUGCAUCUGUGUGUGUCACCCCCAGCGCCACAAUGGACAAGAGCAACACGGUGAAGCUCUUCGUGGGCAACCUGGCUCUGGACACCACCCAGGAGGAGCUGUCGGCCAUCUUUGAGUCGUAUGGCGAGGUGGUCAGCUGCAGCGUUCUCCGACAGUUUGCCUUUGUACACCUACAGGGCGAGGGGGCUGCAGAGCGGGCCAUCAGUGAGCUGAACGGCAGGGAGUUCCGGGGGAGGAACCUGGUGGUGGAGGAGUCCCGGGGCAGACCGCUCCACUCCACCAAGGUGUUCGUGGGCAACCUGUCGGGCAUGUGCACCACUGAGGAUCUCCAAGAGCUCUUCCAGACCUUUGGCAAAGUACUGGAGUGCGACAAGGUCAAAGCCAGGCUCUCCUCUUCUGCAGGCUACGCCUUCGUGCACAUGGAGAACAAGGAGGAGGCUCUACAGGCCAUCGAGGCCCUCCACGGCACCUCCUUCAAGGGACGCCCGCUCUCUGUGGAGCUCUCCAAGGUACAGCCCUCCAAGCAAACCCCCACAGGGAAGAUCCCCUGUGUGAGCUGUGGGAAGCAGGGCCACUACGCUGGGGAGUGCCCUGUAGGGAAGUCCUCUCUGGAACAGUACCAGAGCCAGGCAGCCGUGUUAGCUGCAGCCGCCGCUGCCGCAGCCGGCCUCCCCCUCCAGGUCCAGCAGAGUGUCCACAACUCUGUCUACAACACCUCGACCUUUGACCCCACCUACGCGGCGCUGACGGGCCUCACCACCGGCACGCGGACGGACAGCAACCCCGUCAACCAGGCAGUGUACGGUGCCCUGGCGACGCAGGUCUACGGCGCCAACGUGGCCAAUCAGCUCUACGGAGUCCAGGCAGCCAAUCAGGCGGCAGCGUUGACACAGGCGGGUGCCACGCAGGUGUAUGCCAGCUCCAUGAACCCCAGCCACGCCGCCCUCUACAGUCAGCUCAGUCAGAUCGCUGCCAGCCCAGCCGCAGCGUCCGCCGCUGCCUACUCCACACCGGUGUAUGCACAUGCCAUGGCCAACCACCACCACCCAGGGGCCGUCUACCUGGCAGCCCAUGGCGUAGAGAUGCCUACAGCCGCUGCUGCCAUCAACCAGGCCUACGCCUUGGCGCCGGCGCUGUAUGGGGGCGCCCAGCAUGCCUACGGCCACAUGGGGAUGGGAGCCAUGAGCGUGUCAGCGGACCCGUCGGCGGCCAUUUUUGAGGCGGCGAGGGUGCAGCACUACUUCGCCCAGGGACAGCAGGUUCUGGCCGAGCAGCAGAAUGCGGCGGCGGCACAAGCAGCGAAGUCCGGGGAAAGGGACCGGAGUCCCCUGAGGCGCUCGGCGGGGUCCCUGCUGCCCGACCCCGUCAUGAAGCCCUUCAUGUACCAGAGAGCGCCCAAGCAACGCCGGCCACUGCUCCCCACCCCCGCUGGGCGAGCUGCAGAGGAGGCAGCGGAGGCUGCAGAGGACCCCAUGGCUAGAGACCAGUGUCAACAGUAUGCUGAGUACUACCAACGACAGCACCAACAGUACCAUCAGCUCCAGCAGUUACAAGAGCAGUACCAACAGUAUGCUGAGUACUACCAACAACAACACCAACAGUACCAGCAGCUCCAGCAGUUACAGUACUAUGCAGAGUACUACCAGCAGUACCAGCAAUACCAGCAACUCCAACAGUACCAGCAACUCCAACAGCUCCAGUGCGCCUACCCGCCUCCCAACCACCACGCCAUCGCCGGCAUCCCUGCCCACGCCAUGGCGGGCCACGCCCACCACCACGGCCAGCCCGGUCACGUCACGGCGCUGGACGCCGCCCUCAGGCCAGUGGUGGCUGCCUCCGCCAUGGUGGCAGUGCCCAGAGUGUAUGAGCCGCCGCUGCCGCCGCCUCCGAACCGCAAGGAGGCCGUCCUCCGCCGAGCCCCCGAACUCUCCCUUCACACGCCUGAGCCCCCCUUCCGAUAGUCCACACCUCCCUCGCACACCUCCUCUGUUCCCCCCCCUGCACACAACCUGUAUACCACCCUCGUACCCCUCCUUCCUCUCAGUGGCUGUGUGUUGGGGUAUAUAUAUCUGGAUGUGUAUCUGUGCGAGAAUGAGUGUUUUAUGUGUGGGGUUGGUUUGGUAUUGGGUGUUUGUCCGUUGACUACAGUAAAAACUAAGACCCUAGCUCCAACCAUGGUUAUGAUACCAGACACAGUGCAGUUAAAGAGGGGAAAAGUUGCUCUCAUCCACCACAUACUGUUGGCAUUUUUUUUUUAGGGCUUUCUAUGACUUUCUGAAGUGUAAGAAAUAGAUGACAACCCUCAUACAUUUUCAUUGCCUUCAAGAGUGAUGAUUUACAGUGUAAAGGCCAAAAUAUGAUGGUUCUCGAGUGUUCAAUGAAUUAGCUAAUCUCUCCACUAGUUCAACAGUAAUAUUUCUAGCUUUAUUUGAACUAUGUGAAUGUCUAAUUGAAACUGCACUGUGGUUUGUUGUGAAGGUCCAGGGUUGGAGGGGUCUGUGUGGCUUGCAUGCGUCGGGACUGUGGUGUGAAAGUGUGUGUGAGAGAGAGAGAGAUGUUGGCUUUCUGUUGUUUCAAUGUAAUUCACACACACACACUGGGGGACUCGAGGGCACAGAUCACAGCCACACUACUAUUUAAGAACUACCUUCUACCUACCCAGCCUCAUCCCUCCCUCACCCCGCUUCAACCAGAACACUGAAAGACACUGCUGCAUUUCUGCCCUCUUUUUACUCUGUCUAUACCUUAGCCUGGCUAAACCAGAUUGAACGCUGUGCUCACCACUGAAACAAUGGAGGAUUCAGUCAGGUUUCACCAGGCUUAUCUAUACCUACCUCUGACGAUGAGAUAGGACUGAGAUUAGCUGGUUAGAAUAUGAGUCGUCUGCUUUCUAUCCAUCCAGUAUAUAAGUUGGUGUCAGUUGCAGGGCUGUGAUCCAUUCCAUUUGAAUUCUAUUCAGUCAAUUUACUUCCUGAAUUGAAAUGGAAUGGAUCCCAACCCUGGUCAGGAGUUUGGAGAAGAAUGCCACAUUUUAGUGACAAAGAUUAUGUAAUAUACUAAUAGUCUUAAUGAAUCAGUGUAUUUUGAGGCCUUUUGAAUUAUUUGUUGUUUUAGUUUUUUUGUAAGUGGUUGUAGGGUCGAUGAAGAGUACAUUUAUAACUCCUCAGAUCAUGUAUGAAUUAUUUGGUGGAUUUACAAGCAAGUCAACUUUUUAGCUCGAGAAUCAUGAGUUUCGAUGAGCUUAACGUUGUGCCUAAGCGUUGUGUGAAGUGCAUUUAGUGGAGGGAAUAGCUCCUUUUUGAAGUGCUUAUUUCUUAUGGCAGGCUUUUUAAUCUGAGGUGGAGGGUAAAGGGUUAAGAUAAUGUGACAUUAUAAUUUUUUUGUGGUCGGUGACGUUCGCACCGAUAUGAUGACAGAUGGAGCAGUAUCUUUCAGUCGCUCUCCCCGACGUAUCCUUGCACCCCGUUGUAAGACGACUCACUACCCCGUACCCCACUGUGUCCUUUCUCCUUGUGGUUGUAGUGAUUUUGUUUUUUAUAUAGCAUAAACUCUCUCCGUCUCAUAUAUAUAUAUAUAUAUAUAUAUCUACACACACACACACACGGUUGCAUCUCCUGUGAGAUCUCGACAGUCACAAAAAAACGGUCUUUUUAUUCUUGUUGCUUGCCUUGUUUCUGACCUUAUUUUUUAAAUUUGUUUGAAUUUUGCCUUUUUUUAAAACUAAAAAUAAACAAUUAAACCGG